CAGCGCUGAGAAGAUGCGCCGCUUCGACAUCUUCAAGAAGAACCUGCGCCUGGUCCGGGAGUUCCACGAGCGCGACCCUUCGUACAAGCUGGCGAUAAACAAGUUCGGGGACAUGACCGGGGAGGAGUUCAGCGACGCCUACGGCGGUUGCGAGCGACUCCGAGUCGUCGCAGACGACGGCGGCGGGAAGGGGCAGGGCGGGUUCGCCGUGUCCGCGGUGGACGACGCCAACCUCCCUGAGGCAGUUGACUGGCGCCAAACGGGGUACGACCUCCGGCCGGCGGCCGUGACCGCCAUCAAGGAUCAAGGCCCCUACUGCAGAUCUUGCUGGGCUUUCACCGCCGUGGCAACAGUGGAGGGCCUCUUCUCGAUUAGGAGGAAGAUCCUGACGACCCUGUCGGAGCAGCAGCUUGUCGACUGCGAUAAGCUCGACAGAGGCUGCGUGGACGGCUUGGCAGGAACCGCAUUGUCGUACAUCACCAACAGUGGCACCGGGUUGGCCAGCGGCGCAAGCUACCCGUACACCGGCCGUAACGCUUCCUGCAGGAAGGCCUUCUUCAGCCCCUUUGUGAAGCUCAGCGGCCAUGUAUGGGUGAAGCCGUUCUCGGAGAUUGAGCUGAGGAAGGCGGUGGCGGCCCAGCCCGUCGCCGUGUCCAUCGGCCUAGAGGAUCCAUCAGAUGCAUUCAAAAAUUACCAUGGCGGGAUAUUCCAGGGACCCUGCAGCACGUUGGGUGGGCACGCCAUGACGCUCAUCGGCUAUGGCACUGAAUCCGGUAACGAUUACUGGAUUCUGAAGAAUUCAUGGGGUGAAGGAUGGGGAGAGCAUGGCUAUAUGCGGCUGAGGCGUGACGCCAACGAGCUCGGCACACCUGGGACAUGCGGUAUCCUCCUCCGUCCCGUUUACCCCCUGAUGCAUUAGAAGCAAGGUGCAGCAAAGAAGAUUGUCGGCAAAUGUGUAAAGUCCUAGUUUUUGCAUGUACAUCUCUGAAUAUUUGCUGCAUCUCUGAAUUUUUGCAAGCCCAUAUCCGAAAUCAAUGUUUCAGUGCAAAGUUUCAGUGUAACCUGAAAGUUUCAGUGCAAAGUUGAUGAUUAUAUGGUGUUCAUCAGUACAGACUGAAUAAAAACAUAUAUUAUACUGAAAAA